AUGGUCACCAUCCAUCUCGCUGUCACCGUGCCGGUCAAUGCCCCGGGAGCAUCACUUGUGCUAUCCCAGGUGCAGGUCUUUGCUGGAUUUCAACGCAAGAUCCGCCAGCCCCAGGAGUUUGCGCCGGCCAUAGCCAAAGCUGAGGUGCUGAGCGACGUUGGCGGCGUGGUGAAACGCCGCGUGACCUUUAAAGCCCCAUCAGCACCUGACACCGGCGGCCAUCCGGCUGAAGUUCUUGAGACGUGCACAGAGCUGGCGCCCAGCCGAGUGGACUAUGAGCUGGAUAAUGGCAGCACAGUGUUGAACAUUGUCAGCACUGGUACUAGUGGCAAGCCGGAAGAUUUGUACGUGACGUAUGUGUUUGCUUGGAAGCACGCCGACCUCGAGGCUGGCAGCAUGGCUGCACGGGAGGUACAGACUAGCCAUGAGAAGAUCGCCAAAGUCGUUGUUGAGUCCAGCAUCGCUACUACGCGUCGGCUGGUGAGCGAGGGAAAAAUCUAG